AUGUUCGGCCCGGGGCAGCUGGUGUCGGCCCUCGCCCCCGCGGUCUUUCACCCGGCCACGGCGCACUUCUACCCAGCCUUUCCCUCCAGGCUGGGCUCGACGCACAUCUCCGGUCUGCUGGUACCGAGUCCGUUGGUCAGCUACGACGUUCUGCAGAGUUACCUGCAACCCGAACCCUGCAAACAGGCAUUGAUCCUGGCCACGCAGGCAGCUGGCCUUGUGGGCAUCACUGACUACAAAGAUGAACUGCGUCCAGUGAAGCAGCGGCGCGCGCGGGCCAACUACAGCAGCUGGCAGCUGGAGGAGCUGGAGAAGGCCUUUGAGACAACCCACUACCCUGACAUCUUCAUGAGGGAGGCCCUGGCCCUCAGGCUGGACCUCAUUGAGGCCAGGGUGCAGGUUUGGUUCCAGAACCGUCGAGCCAAAAUGCGGCGCCAGAUGAAAGCGCAGGGACGAGAGGUGGACAAGCUGGAAGACAAGGACUGCGAGGAAGCGCCGAUCCAGUCCAACCACAACGCCCGGGACCCAGAAAGCUCUGACAACGAGCCCUGGGAGAACAGAAGGCAUGAGAAGAGGAGCCCCACUCGGGUCCAAGGUCAGGCCCCAACACCGCCAGUCCAUGCACAGAGGUCAGGGUCCAGAAAGCAGGAGGGGACGACCCAGGGGUCCAGCCCCGAAGAGCUUCGCUCCUGCAGCAUCGCCAAACUGCGCGCCAAGGCCAGGAAGCACGAGGCAGAGAUCCAUAGCACGGCCGCCAAGUCGGGACUGGAGUUACAGGUGUACACGGAGGCAACCCUUGCAGAUGUGGGGAGUGACUGACACUUUGCUCCGGUCACCACUGCUAACUGCUGCUCUUCCAAAG